AUAUUUGAAGGUUUGACUUGCCUUGGAUCAUCAACAGUUAAUGCUCCGAAAAGUGAAACUGAAGCUCAACGGGUUAUGGCAACCAUGAGAGAAAAUUCCGCCAAAGCUAUCGAAGUCAAUCUAUCCGUGCCAAGUGAUGUUAAGGGUUCCGUUGCUUUAUUAGAUCCUAUAACUGGAUCUGAAAUUUGCAGUUAUCCAGUCACUAGAAUUUUAUUUUGCGCCCGUGGUAACCCAAAAGCAGCAGAAAAAGACUGUUUCUCGUUCAGUUCUACGUAUCAAAAGACGGAAAUAUUUUACAUCCAUGUAUUCCAAUGUACAAAUCAGUCUUUGGCCGAAAAGGUUUUAAAGGCUUUAGGAAAUGCAUUUCGAAACAUGGAUGUACAAAACUCGCCAAAUUCCGAUCAAGAUAAUCCCAACAUUACUUCUUUUAGUUUUCAAUUCGAUAUUACAUUAGAUGUCUUGGAAAAGGACGAAGGCAUAUUCCGGCCUGUACCACGAGAAAGUGGAGUUUUUAAGAUUAGAGAGAAUCGUUUCAAGCAAUUUUCUGCUAUAUUGAAGCAAAUAAGUGGACCAACGAAUGUAGAGAUAGGUUUGAAUCACACAUUUAUUUCAUAUUUCAAUCAAAAUACAAAUACCUACCUAAAUUUCUUUCAGAUUUAUUUUAAAAUAAAUAAUGGGAACAAAAACUAUGAAGUAAUUGGAGUUUGGAAUCCUGAAACGUUGUUUAAUGUCAAUUCAAUCAACGCAAAAACUCCCAAAGGCAUGCAAGUUUAUGCAACGCUUGCAAUGGAUGUCGUGUUUGAUAGAGUAUUAGAGCCAGUACGGUUAUUAUGGGAUAUAAAAUUAAAAGUUUAUGAACGACUUGAAAUUGUACCAGAAUCUGACAGAAUGACACGUCAUUCCGAAAGCUUCAUGAUUCAAGUUAAGAAGGAAGGCAUUAAAGGUAACUAUCGUGUAACCGGGACACAGCGUAUAUGCGUAGGCUUGAGUAUAAAUAAUACUAGCCAACAAAAUGAAGAUCUAAAUUCAGGUAUAAAGAUUAAUAUAUCGAUUGAUGUAAAUAUUAUUGUGUGUCUUGUAAGAAAUUCAGAUGAUGAAACUGUUUUAUCUGGUAGUGGCAACGUACAACAGGACUGCAGUGAUAAUGCAUUAAUUGACUGGUCAGAAGUUUUGACUAGAUGGACAAAUACUAAGUCGCGCCCUAAAGAAUUAAUACAGCUUGUUAGAAAGGGUAUUCCGGAACCUUUGAGGGGUCAGGUGUGGCAAAUGCUAGCCGGUAUCGUUGAAAAUACCGAUUUGCUGCAAACAUAUUCACAUCUGUUAACAAAGGAAUCUCCUUCCGAAAAAACGAUCCUUGUCGAUCUCGGACGAACAUUUCCGGCUCAUCCAAUGUUUAAAGAUCAAGAUGGAGAAGGACAAUCAAAUUUAUAUAGGAUUUGUAAAGCAUAUUCAGUGUACGAUGAAGAAGUUGGAUAUUGCCAGGGCCUAUCUUUCCUCGUAGCUGUAUUAAUUUUGCAUAUGCCUGAAGAGCAAGCUUUUUGUGUAUUAGUAAAGAUAAUGUAUACAGAUGGCUUACGAGAUUUGUUUAGAUUAAACUUUGAACAACUACAUAUCAAAUUUUUUCAAUUAGAAAAGCUACUGGAGAAAAUGCUACCAGAUCUGUAUUAUCAUUUCCAAGGCAACAGAGUAGAAGCUCAUAUGUACGCAUCGCAAUGGUUUUUAACGCUUUUUACAGCCAAGUUUCCUUUAGCAGUUUCAUAUCAUGUUAUGGAUAUGUUUCUUUGUGAGGGCAUGGAAGUAUUAUUCCGAGUUGCAAUUACGAUUUUAAAGCAUAUAUCCAAGGAACUUCUAUUGUUGGAUUUUGAGGGAAUUAUGAAACACUUUCGAGUUACUUUACCAAAAAAAUGCUUAUCAGAGGAAUUUUGUUCUCGAGUUCUACUUGACUGCGGGAGAGUCAAGAUUGAUAGUAAGAAAUUACGCAAAUACGAAAAAGAAUAUUACAUUUUAAAAGAAUUACGUGAAGAAGAAGAUCCAGUCAUGGUUUUAGAGGAAAAGAAUAGAUAUCUCAUGAGAAGUAUUGCCAAAACAAGGCAAGAAAAUGAAUCAUUAGGGCAGGAAUUGACAAUUUUAAAAACAAUACAUAAUCAAUCAACGGAAGAGGCGAAAGAAAAUAUGAGCUUAAUGAAUAAAGAGCUAACUAGUUUGCAGUCUCAAUAUGCUGACUUAGAUGAAGAUAAACGUAGAUUGCAAGCGGAAAUUAAAGAGAUUAAAGAAUUAUAUCGGGAUACUGUUGCCAAAUCAAAUGAUGAAGCUAACCGACAAACUAAUAUUGUCAAGGAAUAUAAGCAGAUAUGCUCUCAGCUUCAAGAUAGAUUAGAGAAGCAAGAAAACGUUUAUACAAAGCAAAUUAAAACAAUAAAAGCAAAAAUAUUAAAAAAGUACCCAGAUUUGGCCGAUAAAGUUGAUGAAGAAAUCGAUAGUCUGGCAGAUGAGAAUGCAAUUGGAGCGGAUGAUAAAAGCAAAAGUUACACAGAAUUAGGUGCGUUGGAAGAGAAAUUUAGGAAAAUGGAGGUUGAUUAUGCUCAUACGAAACUAGAAUUGGUUGCAAAGGAGUGCAAAAUACAAGAAUUGGAGCAUCAAUUGUCUGGAUUAGAAGUAACCCUUGCAAAGCACGGCAGUAACUGGUUCGCAAAGUGGAAAAAGUAA